AAUUCUCUUUUCUGGAUGAUAUGGUAUUUAUAUAAAUUAUCUGUGCGUCACUUUAUCUUUAAACGGGAGGUCUGUGAUCUUCGGCGCUCUUUUUAUUGUGACCGCAUCUACGAGCGAAACUACGAAUCUUACUAUGCCGAAGGUUUUGCUGAUUUAAUAUUAAACACCUUUGUGGCGUUGCCGAGCAACCAAUCUAUGGCUACGCCCUGAAAUAUAAAUAUUUAUUAGAUUAUUUGAAGCUGCUUUCCAAUGGCGAAAGCUUGUCUUGUGAAUAUUAGGAAGCAAGCUCCACCAUAGUACGAGUGACACAUUCGCGGGGGGGAAGUCGGAGCUCAAGCUGACAACAACACGCACCUGAUAUUGCCUUUAAAUAACACACCGCGGAAACAUUUUAUUUGAAUGGACAAGCCAUCACGGGCGUCAUAAACUUGCGUCGGAAACCCUCGUAUUCAGCCGUGCCACAGCCCUCAUGGAGGACAAGAGGAAGAAAAGAAGCCCCAAAGUGUCCCUUCCCCAGCCCCCACCUCCACCAAUAAACCCACGGAAACUGUGCGUUCUCCCGGCGAGUAAGAGCGCCACAUUCUCGCUUAGUCUACCACAGCCACCCUCCCCCAAACCCAGGGGCAAGUACAAGAGAUCGGUGGGGGCAAUGGGUCCAUCUAAAGAAGCUCUUGCUGUUCCCGCGCCUCCCCCCCAAAACACAAGACCGCACAGAGAGAAGCCCCGAGCUCCUCAGCCUGCUGGUCCCAGUCGUUUGUCCCAGUCGUCUUCACCGCUCCAGCAUUCAUUCCUCACUGAUGUCUCAGAUGUUAGAGAAAUGGAAGGAGGGCUCCUUAACCUCCUUAAUGACUUUCACUCCGGAAAACUUCAAGCUUUUGGUAAGGUGUGCUCCUUCGAGGAGUUAGAGCAUGUGAGGGAGAUGCAAGAACGUCUGGCCCGACUUCACUUCAGUCUGGACAGCCAUGUGGAGGAGCUCUCAGAGGAUCAAAGAAAGACGGCUUCAGACCGCAAUCUAGAACAUCUGCUUUCAAACCUGGAAGAAUUGAGCAGCUCAAUACAGAAACUUCACCUGGCAGAAAAUCAAGAUUUGCCCAAGACAUCCAGCACCUGAAGUGAUAAAGCAAUCCCAGCUGACCAUCAAAUCACUGUGCAGACCAAGGCCCGGGUUGCUAUGGCAACAAUUCAACUGCAAGGGCUGGAAUGAGCAGCAUUAUAGUGAAAUGCUAUAUUACGAUCAAUGGUAUGAAAGCACAUUCUCCAUUUGAAUGCCCUGAUCAUACCAUUUAAAUACAAUUUAAGCUCUUUUAUAUAAUUCAGACCCAAGCAGCUGAAUGAAUUUUAUAUUGCUGUGAUUUAAAGCCUAUCUAAUGUUUGUUUGGACAGUUAUGGUUCAGUUAAGAAUUGCUUAAGCUGGUUUCAUUCAUUUACUACAGUUUUGGAUUUAAAAAAUGCUCAUGAUUUCCUUUCCUCUGUGGAAUACAUAUGUUGGUUUUACUAAACCUUCUAUUCAACAACUGCUACAGCGGUCAAGAUGAAAAAUGACAACAAAAACAACACUACACAGUCAACUAACUGUUUGUUGCGUUUGCACCCUUUUAGAAGCUAAAAAGAUUCAGUCAUUUAUCUUACAAUGCAAAGGGCAGCUAGUAUAUUAUUCAAACUUUUUUGUGUUUCACAAAAAGUCAUAUGGGUUUGGAACAACAUAAGGAUGAGUAAAUAUUUUUGGUUGAAUUGUUGAUUUAACUUAGGUUGUGAAAACCUAUAUCUUCAGUAGCAGACGUGGGAACAUUCUUAUUAUUUUAAAUCACCUAAUUAGACAAUUAAGCUUUAUUUUGUAAUUGUUCAUAUGUUUUGUUUUUGUUUUGGAAAUAUUGUAAAUUGCUGUGGUGUAGCUAUUUACUCACUCAGGGCUGUUUGAGACCAUAAAUCUUAGUGCCUCUUCUUAGUGUCUAUAUGACAUUAAUUGUUUUAUAGUACAGGUUCCCCACAUGAUAGAACUGGAUCUUUUGUAGAUGUUUGUACAUGAAAUACGUUUAUUUAAAGUAAUAUUAUAUAACUUUUCUGGAAACCAGUUAUUUUUGAAAAAGCUAUUUAUUGUGUAUAAAGGAACAACCUAAUUGAAUUUGUUUGUUAUUCUUGAUGACGCCGAUAGAAAUGUAAAGCAUUUGACUGUGUAAACUUCGUAUGAAUUCAAAUGCAUAGUGAAAGCAUGGUUUAAAAAGUGAUUUUCUGUAUUAGUUUAAAAAAACAAAUCCUACAAUAUGGACCACACUUUUCCACGGGGCACAAGUUUGUAUCGAAACCUUUGGGAAAUGCAGUGUCUCUACCAUACAGCACAUUGAUAUAGAGGGAAUUUCUGCAAUGCGAUCCAAAAUAGGUCAGCGAGGUUCUAGUUUUAGACCUACUGCAAAAAGCUGUGAGGGAGAACCAAAUAGUCAAUAGUGUUCUAAAACAUUAGUACUUUACCUGUUAAAACCAUUCCUCUCAUUCUAUGUUUCAGUGCUAAAACAAAACUGCAUGGGCAGAUUUGAGGAAAAGUAAAUGAUUUAAACAUUAAAUGUAAAUGUAAAUCUUUUAUAAUGCAGUCACUUCUCAUUAUAGCUGACUUCUGCUAUGCCUGCCUCUAAAUGUUUUAAAUAUGAGAUGGAUUCAGGGGUGGUUUGAUAUGAGAUUAGCUGUAUAACAUUACUCCUUUUCUUAUACCUCAUUAAAUGAUGGUAAAAAUAAUGCUUCAGGACUUUCAAAAACUUUAAAAGAAUAAAUGGAUUACAUUUGUUUUAUAUUUGUAUCACUUUGCUCACUGCAACACUUCUUGUGUGGACUUAUUAGUGAUAAAAAUGUUCUGUGAUUUUUUAUUACACGUCUAAGUAAUGAAUGAUGUGCAAAAAAUUAGUGGUCAGUUCAUCCACGACAGCAGUUGGCGCCGGUGAGCUGCGGACUCUUAUCAUUGUUCAGUGUGUCAUUACGGGAAGAAAUAGUCAAGCGCAGUCGUUCAAACAGUCAACCAGCAAUGAUGGAGGUCGAGUGGAGACUGAAAUUAGCUCAAUUUCAGGCUUUUUGUCGUGGUUAUUUAAAGAGAAAAGAUCUGGAUUGGGUUCGGACCCAGUUUGAGGAUAUUGUUCGUGAAAUUGAUGGAGAUUUGGAUCAUCUUCAUUGGAAAGGAAAAAUCAUAUCUAAACCUCACUUCACUGACACUGUGACCUUCCAUGAAAGUUUGUUACUGCAGUAUGGACGCUCCAAGAAACUGUCCCAUGACUAUGUGGACAAUUUUACUACUGAACAAAACAUAAAAAAUAUGGACAUUGAAACACCUAUCCCAACAUCUGAAGUCCUGGUACCUGAGAAAGACGAAGCUCCUGAAACAUCUGACAGAGAUAGUUGUACACCUCUUGAUGCAGAGAGUGUGGCCAUACCAAACCUUACGGAAGAUUCUAUAACACUUAGGGGUUCAAUGAAUCGAGAUGAUAGCAGCAGCUUUCUUCUGAAAGAACCAAAUUUGCAUUUUGCUUUGAAAGACACAGAACACACGUCUGAAUCUUUGAAACAGCAGCGGAGCACUUUGGCAAUGGAGCUGUUGUGGAUCCAGCAAGCUAUUAGUAGCAGAAAGAAAUAUCUGACGCUUAGACACAGAAUGGAUAUUUCUCAAUGAUCCAGGACCUUGAAGUGGACCAAUGUUUUUUAUUUUUUCCAGUCUGUAAAGUUUUCCUCUGAGAGGAUUUUCUUUCCCUGCCAAUAGAUUAAAAGGUUUAUGCCACACAA